AAUAACAUCAUCAUCACGUGGUAGAAAGUAAAUCGACGACAAUGGUUGAAACUUAUGUGGGGGAAUCGUUAACCUUUGCUACACUACAACCGCAACGAGGAAAGAGACAUCAGUGAAGCUAUUCGUCCUAAGCAGAUGGACCCAGAGCGCACUCGCAUUAAAGAGGAAGAUGUGGCCAAAGAGGUCCAUCACUUCAAUGAACAAAUGGAGCAGAAGUUUCUUUGCACCAUAAAAGAGGAGGAAGAGCCGGAGCAGCCUUGGAAUAAAGAGGAAGGAGAAGACUCCUGCGACAUUAAAAAGGAAGAAGAGGAGGAUGCCUGGAAGAUACCAUUGACUGGCGUUCCUGUGAAGAGUUUAGAUGAGGGUCAACAUGAGGUGAGCAAAGGGGCGGAGCCUCCAAGCUGCAGCUCAAGUCAACAAAUGACUAGAGAGGGUGAUGGAGACCACUGUGGAGGAUCACAAGCAGCUCCACCAUCAGAUAGUGAUGACGUGUCGUCACAUGUUCCUGCUGCUGCUUCUGAUGAUGAGUCUCAAAACAAACACAGGCAAUGUUCUCAGGUUGGGAAAUGUGCUAAUAAUAGUGUUUUGAAACAACACAUGAAAAUGGGCACAAAAAAGAAAAACUUUUCCUGUUCAACUUGUGGCCAAAAAUUCAGUCAGAGGGGAGAUUUAACUAUGCACACAAGAAUCCACACUGGCGAGAAACCUUUUUCAUGCUCAGUUUGUGGCCAAAUAUUCUCUCGUAAAUUUAUCUUAAAAACGCACACAAGAAUCCACACUGGUGAGAAAUCUUUUUCCUGCUCAGUUUGUGGCCAAAGAUUCGCUCAGCAGGGAACCUUAAGAAAACAUACAAGAACCCACACUUGUGAGAAACCUUUUUCAUGCUCGGUUUGUGGCAGAAAAUUCUCUCGUCAGGAUACCUUAAAAACGCACACAAGAAUCCAUACUGGGGAGAAGUCUUUUUCCUGCUCACUUUGUGGCCAAAGAUUUUCAGCGAAGAGAAACUUAAAAAAACAUACAAGAAUCCACACUGGUGAGAAACCUUUUUCAUGCUCACUUUGUGGCCAAAGAUUUUCAGUGAAGGAAAACUUAAAAAAACAUACAAGAACCCACACUGGUGAGAAACCUUUUUCAUGCUCACUUUGUGGCCAAAAAUUCUCUCGUCAGGAAACCUUAAAAAAACAUACAAGAACCCACACUGGUGAGAAACCUUUUUCCUGCUCAGUUUGUGGCCGAAAAUUCGUUCUCAGGUUAAGCUUAAUCAGGCACACAGUAGCCCACACCUAACCCUGUGGCCUGCUCAGUCACUUGGCAAAGAGUCUCUAUUGAAAAUUCUGAGUGUCUUGGGGAGAUGAGCAAAGAUCCAUGACGUUCUCACCUUCUAUUUGAGGAGACUCUGAGUUGAUGCAUCGAUGAUAAUUCUAUUCUAGUAUGUACCUUUUGAUUGAGAUGCUGAACUCCUUUCCUUUACUACAGUGAGAAGUUCAUAUUUUCGUUUUAGUACUGUUUUUAAUGUUUUGGUUGCCCUGGUUACAGAGGCGUUGCUACACUAAAGGGAGGGGAGAUAGUGUCUGUAGCAACGCUGAUUAGCUAAGGAAUGUGGUGUGAAUUAGCACUUCAUUGUCAUGGCUGACAGGGAUCAAAAGACAUCCCUGCCGUUAAAGAGGAAGAACCUAAACAAAAGGAAAUGUAAAAUAUAAAGACAAGGCCUCCAGGUCAAGGCUUCACUUAAAUUAUUCCAACAAUACUUGAUGUUUAUUUUGGUUUUAGUUGUGGUUUUAAUUGCAAUUAGUUUUAAUUCAUAUUCAGCGCAAGUUGCUUCGUUUUUUUAGUGUCUGGGGAGGGUUUUGUUUUGUUCAGCUGUUCAUGUUCAUGUGGAUCAAUAAAAUGAAGAAAAAAAAAUAGGGUUGGACAUCCCCCAUUUUUCUUUAACUGUUUUUGUUGUUGUUGUUACUUUACCUUGCUAAUAACACUUUAAAUUGUUCUUGAGAUGCCUUAAGACAUUUUAUCAAAGAGUUGUUUACUUCACAGUAUUCUUAUUGGAGUCUCAAACUCAUAUGCUGCUACUUGACCUUUUGGCUAAGAUCAUGUGUAGUAUCUGUUCUGUCAAUGUUUUGGCUAGGAAGGCGAUCGCCUCUACUGAGUCGCAAGUUCUCAGCCUGAAGUGGCAGUGAACUUGGCUCACUUUGUGGAGGAAAUAGUGACUUAGUAGGUAUUGUGUUAUAAAUAACCUCAUAAUUUUGUUACAGAAUCUACUGUGGUAAAUUACUAUAAUUUACUUUUGUGUCAUUUAAUAGUUGUUUAGUUUUAUUCAAGUGUUUCUUUCCUUUUGUGUUUCUUUUCCUUUUGUGGUGCUUCCGCUAUGGCGGCUCCCCAUGCCCAUGAUAGUUUUGGGAGAAAACCGAGAAAGUCCCAUCUCUGUGGGGAAACUGAUCAUCUCUACAGAAAUUGUCCAAAGUAUUUUGCCAACAAACUGAAGGCCGGUAGAGAAAUGACACAGGUGAAGGAAAAUGAAGCGAACAAACAUUUUGGAAAUUCAAAUUUUCCUCCAAGCUCUGUGAUUGGUGGAGAGGAAACGUAGUGAUGUGCAUUCUUAUUCUUAAGUGAACUGAAUAUUUAGAAUCAGUUGUCUCAAAAGAUUUGUUCAAACGAAUUGUUCACUGAAAAGAUUUGUUCUUUUGAACGAU